AUUAUUACCUAUUCUGUUGCCAGAGCUUUCACAGAGCUCAUUGCGAACGGACGAGGCCCUUACUGCCCGACUGUACGAGAACUCGGAAACAAAGGCAUUAUGAACAAAGAAAACCAUGGGUUUCGGGUCUACAAUCCCACGACCAACAAUGAUGUGCGAAGGCGGGAAAUGUUCCAGAGGAUUGAUGAUAAAGAUGGGAUUAAAGAAUACGACGCGAAGGAUCUCUAUGGUCCGGAGAUAACGGACAAAGAUGGCGCACUUUUGGACGCUCACGACAGUUUCUAUAUCACCACGAAGAGUUUAUUGGUGCUGUUCCAAAUUAUGGGCGUCAUGCCGAUCAUGAGAGUACCUAAAAAUGCGCAAACAACUAAACGAACAACUUUUAAUUGGAUAUCUAAGGCUACGCUGUGGGCUUACUUAGUAUGGAGCUUGGAAUGCAUCAUUGUUGUAAAAGUGGGCAGGGAGCGCUUAGCGAAUUUCCAAAGCAGUUCCAACAAGCGAUUCGAUGAGGUUAUUUAUAAUAUUAUUUUUCUCAGUAUUUUGAUUCCGCAUUUUUUACUGCCGAUUGCAUCUUGGCGCCAUGGACCGCAAGUUGCCAUAUUUAAAAACAUGUGGACACAUUAUCAGCUAAAAUACCUGAAGAUAACUGGCACACCGAUAGUAUUCCCCAACCUGUACUCGUUGACGUGGGGGCUCUGCGUGUUUUCAUGGGGGCUCAGCUUCGCUGUUAUACUAUCCCAACACUACCUACAAGACGACUUCGAGUUAUGGCACUCUUUCGCAUACUACCAUAUUAUUGCUAUGCUUGAUGGAUUCUGUUCAUUAUGGUACAUAAACUGCAACGCGUUUGGCACGGCAUCGAGGGGCUUAGCAAUGAAUCUCCACAAGGCCUUGGAAGCUGAACACCCGGCGCUCAAAGUGGCUCAGUACCGACAUCUGUGGGUCGACCUAUCGCACAUGAUGCAACAGUUGGGUCGUGCCUACUCCAACAUGUAUGGUAUAUACUGCAUGGUAAUUUUCUUUACAACCACCAUUUCGCUAUACGGUGCGUUGUCAGAGAUAUUGGAACAUGGCUUGAGCUACAAAGAAAUGGGCUUGUUCGUUAUAGUCGGGUACUGCAUGACUCUACUAUUUAUAAUAUGCAAUGAGGCCUACCAUGCUUCGAGGAAGGUUGGCCUAGAGUUCCAAGUUCGUCUUCUGAAUAUAAACCUUGGAGCUGUAGACCGGAGUACCCAGAGAGAGGUGGAGAUGUUUCUGGUGGCUAUUUCUAAGAACCCGCCUAUUAUGAAUUUGGAUGGGUUCACUAAUAUUAACAGGGAGCUCUUUACAGCUAACGUAUCCUUCAUGUCAACCUACCUGAUCGUUCUGAUGCAGUUCAAGCUGACUCUACUGCGACAAAGUGCCAGGAAGACUCUCAGAUCCUUCGUCAGAGCUGUGUUCAAUACCACUACCACGAUAUUAGAUGAUGACGUCACCGAAGAUGACGUAGAAUGAAGAAAAUUAGAAAAGUGUAUACGUGAUUUAAUAUUCAUACCAAAUUAUAGUGAUAGUUGAGUCGAUAAUGAUGUACGCUUGCUAAAUAAUCGACAAUUUAAUGCUUAAGAUGUAGUC